CCUUUCUCAGCUGAGUCGUCGGAGACGCGGAGCGAGUCAACCUGCGCAAGGCGGUGCGCAACCGCGACGGCUCGGUCUCAAUCGCCUCCUGUUGGACCCGUUGGUGUUGUUUGCAGCGCAGCCAAAAAGCCGCCUCGGCUUCCCUCGCCCCGGCUUGUCGAAGUUUUACGAGCGGCGGUUAGGAGAUGAAGAAGCAGAAAUAGGUGGCAACGGGGGCGCCGGUGCAUGCGGAUGUUGCGGCUGCUGCUGAAAUGAGAGACAGCAACGAUCAGCGUUACAUGAGAGAAAAAUUUUUUUUUUUUUUUUUGGGGGGGGGGGGGGGAUUUGAUGACAUGAUGACCCCGCUUGGAAAUUCUUGGCUUCUACUCCCUUUCCAACUGAUGAUGAUUGUUUUUGCAAUUUGCAUUUAAGAUCAUCGCACUUUCUGGAGGACAAGUUUACGCACGCGUCCUGCCCCCAGAAAUCAACCUUUUGAAGAAAAAAAGAAAAGCUUACCUCCCUAUACUUUUUUUUAAAUGAUUAAUCGUCGCAUGUUUUUCCCCAGUGGGCUACAGCGCAGCUUUUUGGGACCUCCGACGCCCGGUGACCUUCGCCGGCGUCCCGAUGCGCUCGGGCGCUCCGGCGGUUCCCGGACGCGAGCGCCAUGGGCUGCCUCCAGAGCAUCGCGUGCAAGCCCAAGAGCUUCCGGGACGGCGUGGCGGUGCUGCAGGUGAGCGCGUCCAUCGACCCCAAGCCCACCGGCAUCGACGAGUCGUCGGCCGUCAUCCUACGCUACCGCACGCCGCACUUCCGAGCUCAGGCCCUGCUGCGGGUGCCGCCGGUGGCAGCCAACGAGACCUGGACCGUCGGGUGGAUCCAGGCGUGUAACCACAUGGAGUUCUACAACACCUAUGGCAGCAAGGGCAUGUCCAGUUGGGAGAUCCCCGAUCUCCGCAACCGCAGCAUCCAGGCCAUCAGCGACUCCGACGGAGUAAACUACCCCUGGUACGGAAACACCACGGAGACGUACACCGUCGUGGGCCCCACCCGGAGCGACUGCAAGUUCACCGUGAGCAUGAACGACAACUUCAAACCCAGCAUCACCUGGGGGGUGCCCGUCAGUGACAGCAAUGUGCCUGAACUCACCGGAGUCCGCCGCGACCAGAGCUUCACCACCUGGCUGGUGGCUAUCAACGGGGCCACGGCCGAGACCGUGGUCCUGCAGACCGUCCGCUGGAGGAUGCGCCUCAACAUCCGUGUGGACCCGGAGAAGCCCCUGGGCCAGCGGGCCGUCCUCCUGGAGCCCGUGGACCAGGAGCAGCCGCAGAUCCUGAGCGAGAACGGAAGCAUCCCGCCCAACGCCUUGGUCAAGCCCAACGCCAACGAUGCCCAGAUGCUGAUGUGGCGUCCUCUGGAGGGAGACCCCAUGGUGGUCAUCCCACCCAGAUAUUGAACGGGCCACAGACAUUUUAGACCGGAAAAGUAUCAUCUUUGGCCCCCUUUCAUAGCGCCUAAAAGCCAGUGUUUUUAUGCCUGUUUCACGUGUUGUGGACACUCGAGGUACUAUUAGAACCGCAGCAGAAGCGGGAUGACGCUUUUCUGUAAAGUCCUCCCCCCUUUACACUGCCUGUAAAGAAUUUUAUAUUCUUGAGCCUUUUUUUGUGUUGCUGUUUGGUAUAAAGGAUACUAAGAAUGGGAGAGACAAAGUCGACAUUGCUUCUGAGCUAGUAUCAGAUCCAUAAGAGCUAGAACAAACAUGUGGAAAGCCCCUUUCACAAUGCUCACAAGUGGCAUUUUCCACUUUUUUGCCCACUUGUUGCUGUUUUAAAUAAACAGUCUUACGUCUUCAUAGGUAGUAUCCGAGGUCGUAUCAGAAGCUGUUUGGCAAAGAUAAGACACGGGUGUGAGGUUAAAAUACCUGACCGUCAUUCUCUCUCCUUUUGUUGCAGUCAGACAAGAAUUUUAUACGGCACACUUGUAAUUAUUUGAUAGCGUGACCGAGUUGCUAACAUAAAAUCGCAGUCGGCGCACUCAUUUUGAAGAGUGUCGUCUUCUGUUGCGUCUCUGGUGCGGCCAUUUUGGUGAAGCUGUGGGAAAGAGGCUUCAUUGUCCUUCCUGUUUUCUUUUCUAUUGAACGACAGCAGCUGUGAAGAAAAAAAAAACUUUGGUGGGUGGGGGAUGAGCCAUUUAAAAAGUGGACUGAACAAACUGCAACCAUUCUACCUUCAAGCAGGCUCACUGUGCAGAUUUCAAUCAGGCUAUUUUGUGUGGAUUUCGAGUAUUUAUGUAAACAUGUGUUUUUAUUUAAAGGCUGGGAGAAGGUGUUGUUAUACAAUCCACACUGCCUUACGUGUACGUCGCUAUCCUCUCCGUCCAAAUCCUUUCAGCCUUAAAAAAAACGUGCAAUGCAGCAUUUUGCCCCUUUUUCCCCCAUCUUCCUUUCACGAGUUCACUUCCUCAAAUCGGAAAGGUUUGUCCUUCCAAAAACGAUAACUGCAAUGUAUUCAGUGACAAAGAGCAGCUAUUCAUGUAGCAAUAAGACACACUUCCCACCCUGCUCGGUUUUUCUUUUUUACAUUGGCAAAAAUGUUCACAAUAGGAAUUGAUGCAAAUUCCAAUUUCCAACCAAAUGUUUUUAUUACCAAACCGUUUUUCAAUAAAUCACUUAUCUCUGCACACUGCAAAUUGUGUGUAUAUAUAUAUAUAUAUAUAUAUUGGCUGGGAUUGCAAAUGCAUUAUCGCAAAAAUGUAGGACUUUAUUCAUUGAUCACUUUUUUUUC